AUGGGUAGAAAAGUUUACUUUGCUCAACAAGAUGAGAUCGCCAAAGAAAAGCGCGACAAGCAACUGCAAAAGAGCGGCUAUGUUUUUGGCGCUCACGCACAGGAGGACUCCAUCCGAGAGAAAGAUAAAAGGGUACCCAAGACCAAGAGGAUGUACUGCGGAGCGGUUGACCUUUGGAUGAAGUUCGUUGAGCAGUAUGAAAUCAAGGGCUACGCAAUGGGUCCAGGCUGUGCAAUUCCAGACCACACAAUCAUCAAAGAAUUUCUUCGGUGGUACAGUCAUUUAGCGCGUGGGAAAAAAAGUAAAAAUGGACGGCCAGUAAUGACAUCGGUUCUCAAUUGCGCAGAACGGCUGUUUGGUGGAUUUGAAGAGAAACUACAAAUCAAGGUUGUGUUGGAAGACCGGAAAGAGAUAUCCAGUUGGAUAAAGAGAACAUUGACAGAAAAUGAAGGAACGAUUGAGAACGUCGAGGAUCCAGACCACAGCUUUACGAAGAAGGACUUUCUCCGAAUGAUAUCCUCUAUGUGGCAAGCGGAUCAUCGCAUUUUUAUGCCCGGGUUGCUCAAGGCUAUCAUGACGUUAGCGCUUCAAUUGUACCUCUUCACUGGAGCAAGAAUUGGAGCAUUCAUACCGGCCCAUGAGGACAGAGACGAGAGAGGCCUAAGAUAUAAGCACAUCGAUCUAGUCUUGUUUCCAUCCCCUACGGCACCAUGGAAGGUUGAAUGGAAAAUUAACCAAGUGUGGCUUAAAGGGAACCGAAACCCAGACUAUACAGUGUUCGGAAUCGGUAUUCGUGACACCAAGAGACCACAAUUCGCCUCUGGUUAUAUUCUCUUAGCUAUUGCCCUCCAGCACGGUGCCCUGUAUGGCAUCGAAACGGUUGAAGACUUUGCCAGGUUUGACCUUUCAAGCGGAGAACCCAUUGAAUUACGCUGGAAGGAGGAAUUUCUGGAAAAGCCUGUUCUCAGAAAUGUCACCGCUGAUGGCCCGCAAGAUGUUCCACUCCACAAAGAAAGGUUUUGUGAAUUACUGAGAGGAAUAGUUACGACCGCUGGAUACAACAAGAGUCUUACCGUUCAUAUAAUUCGAAAGUAUCUCGGAAGCGUGAUUGAAGGAAAACAUGGUUCUGCCUUGGUAUCUCAAAUAUAUGGCCAUAAAGACGCGGGGACAUAUCCCAAAGAGUAUCUGUUACACUGCUCUUCGAUCGAUACAGUCUCGGCAGUUCUCGGAGAAGAAGAGCACUCGAGUCAUAUCGAGUACUUCCAAGGCUUUGAGAGGUUUUAUGAACGUGGACUUCCAGGGGAACUGCCGGCUGAGAUUGAGGCGAGUAUCCUGCAGACGCCAGAAGUGGUCGAUAUCAGACAUCGAAUCAAGCAGCUUGAAGCAUCAAACAGCGACAAAAAUGUUACAGCUGCCGAGAAGCUGAACUACAGAAAAAUCUUGAUUCGACUCCGCCUUGCAAGUCUAAAGGAAUACCAGAACCGCUGGGUACGAGAGAAACGAGACCAAAGGAUUCUCAAUAGGGGCAAAUCAGAGCUGGUAAUAAGUGAAAAUGACGUUUCCACGCGGGCUCAAUCCUUACUUAUGCCCGAGCUUGCCCACAUUUCAACUCUCAUGUCUUCUGACAGGGAGCUCUCGUUCGAUGAAAUGCUUCUUUUCGUGGACGACCUAAAAACCUAUUGUGAACGCGAUUCCGACGUGGCUUAUCUUCCACGGGAAAGCCCCAUCCAAGAUCGCUGCCCUGCUAGAGAUUGUCUCGCGGAAAUCAAAUGUAUGAAAAAGUCUGACAGAAGUGCUCACAUUCACAACUGUGCCCGACGUGAGAUGGCACUAGAUCUUAAAAUUUCAGAACCAGAGUUGAAAUUCUGUUACGAGUGCAUGGAAUGGUUCCAACCAAGUCAAUGGCGAGAUCACUGCUCUUCUCAUAUUCAAUCAUGGAGGACACAGCAUUGUGAAGUGGUUGUAUACCGGAACACAGUGAUCCGGCCUGGCUACUGCCCCUUUUGCUUGUGGAACAUAGACCUCGAAGCAGAAGACCGAUUGCAUCAAUGGCUGAAAAGUGGCAAUAUGAGGCAACACAUUGAAGAAAAGCAUAUGCCUGGAAACCGCGGGCCUGAAGCUGAGCCAAUUUGCGGAUGUGGCCAAGCUUUCGCGGAUGAGCGUGGCCUUCGACAUCAUUUGCAUGAUACCCACAAGCUAAACAAAGCCAUAUGGUUGAAUCCAAAGCCUCCAAGAAAGAGAAAGCGUACCUGCAAGGCAGAAGCGCAAGUAUCUUCUAUGGAACCGGAGGAGCGGCCCAAAAGACUCCGCUUUUACCGCUACCCGCUUCCGCGCCACGAACAGUGGUCAGACCACAUAUUUAUGCCUGUUCCUGCAUUGCUUUCGUACGCUGAGGAACAUCCCGAGAAACACUACGGUUCGGGACUCAGUGAUACUUCAAGUGAAUGCAGCAGAAGUAGCUCAGCUGUAUCCUGCUUUUCAGCAGCAGAUUCUCCAUUCAGCUCCCCGCCAACCACCCCCGGUCUCGAGGUCAUUGAUCCUCGGAUCCUCAAGCCUAUUGGCCUCGACAUGGAGGACGGAAGCCAGCCUUACGAACAAGCACCUAUUCAACUGAACUCAUCCGAUCUCUCUAUGGAUGAGCUGGAGACACCGAACGAACUCUUCACCUGUUCCAAUCCUGCUAAAAAAUCCAACGAAGAGUGUGCCGGCGAUGAAGCAGACGAGAGGCCAAGCAAGGCUUUGCGAACAGAUUCUUUCAUCCCCUCCAGCGAUCAAAGACCAAAGAGGAGGCGCAAAGAGCACCAUAAUACGCAGGCAGCACCCGAAAAUAAAGCUCCUUACCAUGAUGAAGCCGGUGCCCCGCUCACCAGAGCCAAGACAAGAUCAAAGCCACCUCUGAAUCAUCCGGGUGAUUUGAGUACUCGCAAGCUCCGCCAGCUUAAUAAAGAAGAGAAACGAAAGCUGCUUGAGCUCAAGGGCCAGAAACUGACCCUGAGACAGAUUGGGUCUCGGUUUCCAGACAUAGAUACCGCCUUUCUGCGACAGACCUGGCAGGAUUUGGAGCCCCAGCGAUGCACUAGAUCAGGGGCUAAUCGGACGGCUCGUCGUGACUAA